AUGGGUUUCGCCAACGCCAAGUUCCCCGCGUCGACUGCGUUCGACCUCAUCGACGCCGCCAUGGGCGCCUCCGACUCCGAGCGCAGGGCCGCCAUCAAGCAGGCCAACGGCGUCUUCGCCUUCACCCUCAAGAACAAGGCCGGCGAGACCGAGAGCUGGCACAUUGACCUCAAGGACGCGGGGCGCGUGGGCAACGGCACCGGCGCCAAGCCCUCCGUCACCCUGCUGCUGUCGGAUGAGGACUUUGGCAAGCUCGUCGAGGGCAAGGCCAACGCGCAGCGCCUGUUUAUGUCGGGCAAGCUCAAGAUCAAGGGCGACAUCAUGAAGGCGACCAAGCUGGACCCGAUCCUGAAAAAAUCCAAGGCCCAGGCUAAUCUGUAA